AACGCGCAUGCGUACUCCAAAGCUAUUGGCGCGCGGUCCUUCUACACAAACGUUUCCGUUUCUCACGUUCCAAUGUACGGUCCAUGGCACUUCCGAUCGAGAAUUUAGACGUACUGCAAGGUGUUCAACAUUCCAGGAAAGCUUUUUCUCACACGUCAACAACUCGUCCAUUCAAUUCAUCGACACAACUAGAAGGAUCGUCAAGAAAACGAGUUCUACAAACGAACAACACGAUCACUAGACCAUUCACGAACGGACUAAAGCCGUGGAGCAACAACGCAAUGGAUCUGGACGAUGACGACGACGACGCGCUUUUCAGUCAAGUAUGCGCCGCCUUUGAGUCAACAGAGAAGCAAGCGGGUAAUGACAGAAAAGAGAACGACAAGGCGUCGUCUGAUGGACAUCUGGACAACUACACUCUUCGCUCGAAGCUACAAGAGACGGAAUGGCAAUUGCAGAAUAUGCGUGACGAAUCGGAGAAGAAUUUGGGUGAAAUCCACAUGCUGCGCGACUAUUUGUCGCAGCAAGAGGCAAGCGAGAAGGAAAACGUGAGGACUAUUGAAGAGAAAUAUCAAAAACAUGUCGAGGUGGUGAUGGACGAGUUACAGAGAGCCAAGAGGGAAGCGGCAUCCCUACAGACGCAACUCCAAUUCAAGGAUAAAGAUGUGGAGGAGUCACAUGCUAAACUGAAACAACUGGAGCGGCAGCUGAGACAAUGUUCCGACACCAGUUUUGCAUCGAAUCAAUCAAAGCGGCCGAAGCUUUCUUUACCAGAAAAAAUGGAUGCAAAAGUGUCAGACGUUGCUCGUUUUCCUGAUGAUGUUACACUUGACAUUAAACAUAAGUCUGACAAGAAUAGCCCUGUAUUGAUACCGACACCGUCCAGCAGAGUUAUCGACAAAGGAACGAGCACGAGUGUUUCUACUCAAUGUUCGAUGCCCGGGAUACACAACGAGAUGGGUUUGGCAGGUAGACUGGCUACCAUUAGGAAACGGCAGCUUGUAGUGAAUCAAAGUGGUGCCGAGACGCCACAGCAAUUACUUCUCAGGAAGCUUUUAUCGUCUGCAGAGUCGAAUGUAUACAGCGUGAUGAGUUGUGCAUAUUCGAGUGAAUGUCGAGGAGACAUACUCACUCUACAAAAACAUCCCAUUGUCAUCUCCUCGGGUUUAACAUCCAGUCCGCUUCAGAGCCCUCUGUCUCGACCAGGAAUGCCGUUCGUAACCGGUGUGUCUAACACCGACAACGUCAUCUCUACUCUAUUGAACAAAUGUGUAGCUCCGAGGAAACAUUUGAAUUUCACGAGUCCGGUUGUUGAUAAACGAGAUCCGGUGGUGUCACCACUUUGUCACGAUUCUGUGUUUAAUUUGCAAGACAUUUUAGGGCGACUUGUGCGACAAGAAUCAGCAACUUCUACUGCACAUUCAUCGUCACUGUCUGCUCAUUGUAUUGACACAUUGCAAGUGGACGAUGCAGCCGAGUUGAAACUCCUUCCAUAUUUGGAGAGAUGCGUGCGGACGUGUUGUAACACAUUGUCUGAAUUGACUCUCAGCCACAGCAAAAGUUCGGCAGACGUAUCGCUUGGUACGCCAUCACUGUCCACCGACGAAGUCCCUAACUCAACUUUAGUGUGUUUGUUAAACAGUCUUCUUGUGUUGAAGACGUUUGUCGAUUACAGUCCAUCUAUUCGUGCUGCGUUACUCACUCGCUCACCAAGAUUGUCCGAUUUCUCUUCGGUUGAACCGUCAAUUUUGAGCAGAGAGACGAACGACGCUAAUUCCGGUUGUUCAAGCGAAGGAAGACUGAAUUGCGAAGUCGACAAGAGGAACAGCAUAGAACCAAUGGAUGCAGCGUUUACUCGAUGUGAGGCAGGUGCUACAACGAGCACUCCAUGCAGUCAGGUUGUUGCUAAGAGCUUGACAUGGAACAACCAUUCAUUGUCUCGACAUCCAAUUAUCAGAAUACAUUUUCUCACUCUUUCUCAAACGAAUGAGGCGGUUGUUGUUACUCCGUCGGCAGCGUCUCAUGCUUGUGUUGGGUUAACAGAGAAAGUGAAGGCUGGUGUUGCUGUUGGCAAAGGAAUGCAACAGACUUUAACAGGAGAAAGGAGUUUAAGUGAGUGGAGGAAAGUCUUGCUGGGUGGCAAGAACUGCAGUUUUAGUACACCUCAUGAAUCGUGGUCAUUUGAAAAGUCUACCAGUGGUGCUCAACAUGUUUCUUCAAAACAUCCUUUAUCGCAGGCUGUCAGUCCAAUUGAAGACUGUGCAAGUCGUCUACUUGGUGAUGUCAUACUCCUAGCUGCACCUAAACAAUUUGAACAAGAUGGUGUGUCCAACGUUCCUCUUUUAGUUCCUAUUGUUUGCCUUGAAAUAUUUGAGUCUUUGGCUAGCAAUUCGUCUGAGAUGCAAGUUGACAGAUUUUCGGUACUGAUCACGAGAGGUAUUCUUGAGGCUUGCGUGAGCAUAAGGCAUUUUCUCGUAUUAAAACUUGUUUCUGCCGUCUUGCUGCAUUUUUCAAAGUCUGGAAAGAUGAUUCAGUUGCUUAAUACACAUUCAGGAUGUCUCAAGAAGUUAUUCCACAUCUGGACUGAUCAGCCCUCUAGAUGCACACCAAUCGAGUGGAGAAAUCUAAGUCUUCAGCUUAUUCAGCUUGCCACAGCAUUGACAAACGCAUCAACUCAUCUCAUGUUGCAAUCAGCGUUGACCGGAGAACUCAUUAGAGGCCUUAUACUACUGCUACACAGGGAAUUGACUGAGCUCAACGAUGCGAACAGAACGAACACGUCUGUUGCACUGCUGGCGUCAUCAUGUGCAGUGUUGCUGUUGAGACACGGUGCAUGUUUGCUCUACCUUCUAUGGUGUUCUGUUGGCUCGUUCGGUGAGCAUCGUGCCGCAGUAGACCAAUACUAUAUUCAUCUGUUGUGUAGUCUCAUUCGAGUCUUUCAGCAGUCGGAGAUUGUGUCACAACUGGAAGUAUUGUCUCUGCAAGAGAUGCGGGAUUCUGAUCAGUUGGAAGAAUCACAAGACAAUAGUUACAUGGAUACGACAUAAGAGAGACAGUACAGGACAUAUAGUGGAUUUUUGUCCCCGUUUUCUAUUGGAUCAGACACUGCUGGCCUUAGUUGAGUUGUCCUUUUGUAGAUAGGAGUUUGGGCAAUGAACAGCCGUUUGGUAUCACUGAUGUUGAUUGUAGAGUUUAUGCGAAUAGAACGUGGACAAUUGUUUUCA